AAAACUGAUCCAAACAGUACCUUUAUCUGCUCUAUAUGAUACUAGUAACAAUUAGUACUCGUAAUUACUCUUCGAUUAAUUCAGUGGUUUCCACGGUUAAUCAUUUCCUUGGUACUGAUUAAGCGAUUCCAACCUCAACAACCUCACCUCCUCGUUGAACUUUUUAUAAAUGCCUCAACUCGUCGAUUCUACUCGUCCUGACUCAGCAACGGUUCCUUUCUCAGCUUCAAUACUGAAGCCGGGGACGAGCUCACUUGCACCGGUGACAUCUGGAAAUUGGUCUGGUCCUUGGACGUUUCCGAUUUCUUCACCACCGGCGACGGCUCAGCGAGCGAAUCCACGUUCACCUAAUUCUCUCAUGUGUCCUCGAACGUCUCUGAUUUCUUCAGGAGAAAUUCGAUUCGUCGAUUUUCGAAGAAGUGAAAGACAUGAUUUAUACCCACGCUUGUCUCUGCGAGAGCAUGCGGCUGUACCCACUGGUUCCCGUCGAUGGCAAAGUCGUCAUGGGUGCCGAUGUUUUAGCCGACGGAACAGAGGUGAGGAAGGGGAUGGGGGUAGCUUAUCAUCCUUACGCGAAGGGCUGAGAUCCGGGAAGCUGCUUCUGCACAGAGAUGAAGGGCUUGUUUUCUGGUUUUGCUUCUGCACAGACACAAAGAACUGGAAGCCGCAGACGGAGGUGGUUAAGAUCGGGCAGGGAAAGGCCGGCGGUGGUCACUAGUGCGUGGUAUUGGUGGUCUGGUGGUGCUGUUCUUCUCUUCCCUCCUCUCUUUUGUUUUUGAUUUUUUGGUUUGCUUUUGCAAUUUGCAGCGAGAGUUUUGUUUUUUUAAUUGAUUUGAGAUUUUAAUUUUUGAUUAAAGUUAAUGGUGUGGG